AUGAUUGCUCCAUCCAAGUUUGGCAAGAGGGGCAUAAAUUAACUCUGACCUGCUUUAGAAAUAUGAAAUAAUAGUUGAUAUUUUCUUUUAUUUUUGGUGACAACAGAUGCUUUCUAAAAUAACCGUGGUGAUGCUCUUGCUGCCAGAAGAUUUGCUCUUUUAAGGACAUUUAUUUCCUAAUACUGGCAGAGUGUGGCACACUGAAGGAGCAAUGUUUGCUGGGUUUACGCCAAGAAUGAGGUUUGGGGUCUGCAACUAGAGACUCAGCAAAGCUGUUCAAGAAUGUGGGCCCUUCUCAUUUGUAGUUAAAGAUAGAGGCAGCACACACUGUAUCCUUGCCUGCAGCUUCUAAUUUCAGAUAUCGUGACUCGGGCCUGUUCACACAGGCAGGUUUUGUUGUGCGGCUUGAAAGACGGUUUUGCUCUGGACGAGAAAAACUUGGCCUUGUGUGUAAUAACUCGCAAAGGGGAAGGAACGCCACCAUGGUGCUUUAUGAAAGAAUGAUUGAAGACUGUGAGGAGAGGGACGACAACAUGGCAGACAGAAGGCAACUGUAUGUGGAGAUGAGGGCUCAAGACUUGGAUUCCAUACGACUGUCAACAUACAGAACCGCCUGCAAACUCCGAUUUGUGCAGAAGAAAUGCAACUUGCAUUUGGUUGAUAUUUGGAACGUCAUCGAGGCGUUCCGUGAGAACGGCCUCAACAACAUGGACCUCAGCGCUGAGCUGUCGGUGGCUCGUCUGGAAGUGGUGCUGUCCACCAUCUUUUACCAGCUGAACAAGCGUUUGCCCACCACACACCAGAUCAAUGUGGAGCAGUCCAUCAGCCUGCUGCUCAACUUCCUCCUGGCAGCUUAUGACCCACCAGUGAACAUCACCAAUGAAUACUCGUUCUCACACUCCAUGCCUACAUCAGGGAACCCUUACUCCACCAAAAAUAAGAAUAACGAUGUUACACAGAGAAAGCCCCUGACGGGGGCCGCUCCUCAUCUGCUGAAAGGGAAAGGGUUGAAGUACAACCUCGAUGUUGCUGAUAGACUUGCUGAUGAACAUGUUCUCAUUGGCCUCUAUGUGAAUCUGCUCCAAAACAACCCCAGAUCAUGUCUACUGGACAGCACUAACCAUCAAGAUGAGGAGCACAGUCUCAUCGCCCGCUAUGCUGCUAGACUGGCUUCUGAUGCUGCAGCUCAGCAGCAGAGGGUCCCCAUGGAACUCCCCUGCUCUCUGGAUGUUAACAAACAGCAGAAGCAGCUCAUCGCCGAGCUGGAGAGCAAGAACAGAGAAAUUCUGCAGGAAAUUCAGCGUCUGCGCAUUCAGCACGAGGAGGCGUCCCAGCCGCCCCCCGAUAAGGGUCAGCAGAACCCCACCUUGCUCGCCGAGCUUCGACUUCUCAGGCAACGCAAAGAUGAGCUUGAACAAAGAAUGUCUACUCUGCAGGAGAGUCGCAGGGAACUCAUGGUACAGCUGGAGCAGCUAAUGAUGCUUCUCAAGCUGGAAGAAGAGCGGAGACAAGCUACUCAGGGUCCCGGCUCUCCACGCUCCUCACCCAGCCACACCAUCAGCCGGCCGAUUCCCACGCCCAUCCACUCGGACUCUGCAGGCACCACCCCAACUCACACACCUCAGGACUCGCUCAUGGGCGUGGGCGGGGACGUUCAGGAGGCCUUCGCUCAAGGUCCAAGAAGAAACCUGCGAAACGAUCUGCUCCUCGCUGCUGACUCCAUUACCAACACUAUGUCAUCGCUAGUUAAAGAGCUCAAUUCAGGUGGAAGUGAGACGGAGAGCACUGUGGACUCAGACUUUGGGCGUUGUGACCUUCUAGCUACAACCUCUUCAGAUCCUUUCUUUUCUUUUAAACCCAGACCUGCGAGCGCUGCAGAUGAGGAAGGCUUCGAGAACAAUCUGGAGCGGCAGCUGGAGGAAGAGCUCAGCUUGGAAGAGCUGGUGAAGCACAGACAGGAAGCAGGCAAAACCUGCAUGGUGACGCUGCAGCAGUGACUGUGGUGGUCCAGGUAAAUGGUGAGCAAUAUCAAAAGCAACAACAGUCGAAGACACUGGAGGAGAAGACACUAGGCCGACAGAACCCGUCACUGAGUGGAUAUUUUAUGUUUCGCUAAAUCCAACUACAUUUGUGUAAAGAGAUAUAUUUUUAACCAAGCACAUAUUUAAGGUAAAACUGUGAGCUGAUGUAAAGAGAUUAAAUUACUGAGCUGUCUAUUAUACCACAGGUGCCAUAAAAACACAUGAUUUGGUGGAAAUAUAACUUAAUUUUUGCCUUUUUUUAUUGAGUUGAAACACUGUUGGAAAAGGUGGUCAAAUGUAUUCAAAUUCUUGUUUUUCGAACACAUUCGAUUUGUUUGUUGCCACCUGAUUUCAUAAAAAAACCUCAGAUUAAUUUUGAGCUGAAGUGCUAAAUUGUACAUUUUCAAAUGCUUUGUAUGUGAUAGACGAACAAAUUACAUGCUUUGUCGUGUUCUUGCUUUUAAGUAGCUUUUAUAUGUUUUUUAUUUUUCAUUUGUUGGUAUAUUUUGGUAAUGUCAAUCUGAUGUAUCAUUUGUAGGAAUAAUGCACACUGCCUUAGCCGACUGCUCUCACGUCAGUCCAUCCCACUUGUUAAUGCAGCAUGUAGCCAACAAUAAUAAAAACACACCUGCAGAAAAUGCAGGCGGUGUUUGGAAGAAGUUAUGAAGGAGGUUUGCAAAUAUGUACAGGUUGAUGAUUAGAUCUAGGCUACUAUCUGGGUGUAUUUUAAAAGUAAUAAAGCAUCCAGAGGCGUAUGAAUCUCUUAGAUUUUUACAUUGUCAAGGGAAUUAAAGUGUUUCCUGUCAAUGGUUUAGAAAAUAAAAAGCAAUCAUAAUUUUUCAUUAUCAUACAGAUAUGUUACUACAACCCAAACAUUGUUGACGCUUUGUGUGAGUGUGUAUAAAAUUUUGGGGAAAGUUGCAAACCAAUUGAAAAUCAUAAAUGUGUAAAACAAAGAUAUAUAUCUACUUUUUUUUUUUUUUGAGUAAGUACAUGCCAGUGAUUUUUUGCAUGGUGGUGAAGCAUAAUAAAAGUGACACAAUAUCCAACUUUUUUUUUACCUAUGAACUUUUUUUCCAAAGUGUGUGCUUGAGUUGGCUCGAUUCGGCAGUGCACAUUUAUUAUCUGUCAUAAAUGCACUGUCGACUGCCCUCAACCUGUUGUCAAUAAUUCAUCACAGAGAACCGCCAUCUGAGGCAACAUAAAAGCAGCCAUCUGGCACUGAAACUUG